AUGUCGAUGCCAUUUGCCCCGCCGCCGGGCCCUCCGCCCCCGUCUGUCCCCGAUGGAUGGAAGGCUCAGUAUGACGAUAGGUAUCAGCGAUGGUUCUUCAUAAACCUCCAAACCGGCAAAUCCCAAUGGGAACAACCCCCCACGACACCCUCAGAACAACACCACCUCCACAGCGCCCCAAGCGACGCACCCCCAUCCUACGACUCCUCCGGUCCAGGAUCGUCACUCUCAGGAAUCAACGAGAAGAAACCCUUCAACUCGAACAACCCCUACAGCGACGACACCAACACCAACAACCCCUACAGCGACAUCCACCGCGCCGACAGCCCCACCACCGGCCGAAGAAGCAGCAGCAGUAACAUCCUCGACAGCGACGCCAGACUAGCGGCGCAGUUGCAGGCGGAGGAAGACGCGCGCGCCCGCGGUACGCCAUCUGCGCAGCAGAAGGGCGCGUCGGAUGAUUACUACGGUGGUGGUUCGCCUUCCUCCGCGGCAGCAGGAGGAGGAGGGUACCAGCAGGCGCCACUGCCUCCGCGGCCGCAGAGUUCAUCGUCUGGUCAGAAAUCGCGCGGUGGGAGGGGGUUGCUGAAUAAGAUUAUGGGGAAGGUUUCCGGCGGUAGUAGCAGUAGUAGCAGUGCGGGCUACUCACGGCCUCCGCCGGCUAUGCCGCAGCAGCAGCAGCAUUAUCCCUAUCAGCAAGGUGUUGGUGGUGGGGGGUAUUAUGGCGGGAUGGCCUCGCCGCAGCCUGGGUAUGGAUACUCUGCGUAUCCGAUGCAGGGUGGUGGGGGAGGGUACUACUCGCCGUAUCAGGUGCAGCAGCAGAGGAGACGUGGUGGUGGGGGGAUGGGGACUGCGGGGGCGGCUGCUUUGGGGGUUGGGGGUGGAUUGCUUGGGGGGGCGAUGUUGGCGAAUGCGUUUGAUGAUCAUCAUGAUCAUGAUGGGGAUUAUGGGGGAGGAGGGGGGGAUUAUGACGGUGGGGGUGAUUAUGGGGGUGGGGGGACUUUGGGGGAGGAGGAGGGGAUUUUGGGGGUUUUAGGUUGUGAAAGUUGUGAUGUUGUAGGAUAG